AAGAGGAAGCGGAAGUGUCGGUGAACCCGGAGUGCCCACCGGAGGGUGGAAGAAGCCCUCAACCCAGUCAUGGAGGGGUCUAGUGAGCCGCAGCUGGACGCUAAGGCCAAGGUCACCAACCAGCUGAUAGAUUUUCAGUGGAAGCUGGGCAUGGCCGUGAGCUCGGACAGCUGCAGAUCACUUAAGUAUCCUUACGUUGCUGUGAUGCUCAAAGUGGCGGAUCAUUCGGGCCAAGUGAAGAACAAGUCCUUUGAAAUGACCAUUCCGCAGUUUCAGAAUUUCUACAGACAGUUCAAGGAAAUUGCUGCAAUUAUGGAAACUGUGUGAAAGCUAAUUACUUGGUUGAUGAAUUGCUACCAUUCUAAAAUCAUGGACUUCACUUUCUGCAACCACACUGCCUAAGGAUCAAAUGAUAUUUAUUGAAUGAAAGUUGCACUUUUGGUUUUCCAUUUUUUUAAAUAAUCAAAAUCAGACAAACAGGAAUUACAAAGUUGUGAUUGAUGCCCAACUUUGUGAAUGUACCAAGAGCCACUGAAACCGAACACUUUAAAGGGUGAACUUUGUGGUAUGUGAAUUAUAUUUUUAAAUCAAACAGUGGAAUGAUAUUAAAAGCAACACAAAUUUAUGUAUUAGGCCAAUAGUUUUAAAAAUUACAGGUAAUGUUACCCUUUAUAAAUAAAACCUUAUAUAGAGUCCUUUAUAUAUAGUCUUAUAAAGUAUCUAUAAAUGACAAAAGUAGUGUUUGAUUAGGGUAACAUUACUUUACAAACUCAGUUUUAUAACAUUCACUUGUCACAAACGCAAUCAGUGAGAAGAGUGAGGCUGCUUCUUCUCAAACAUUUGGGCCAGGUUUGGAUUGAUCAUUGUUUUCCUUACGUUAGCCAAGCAUUCAGAUGUUUCUGUUAUUAAUAUUUGUAGAAAUUUCAAAUAUGUGCACAGAUUUACAAAAAUAGGUUUUAUUCUGAGUUCACAUAUACCUAAAUUAAUCUGGUAGCACAGGUUAUUAUGUUAGAUGAUCUCUGUUGGAUUUAUAUUUUUAAAUCUGUUGUUAAAAUAUUUUAUAAAGCUACAGCAGUCAACACUGUAUAUCAUUGCUUAGGAAUAAACAGGUCCCUGGAGUCAACUAGGUGGCCUAGAAAUAGAUCAAGACAUUUAGGGCAAGGAUGGUAUUUCAGUUGGAUGAGAAAACAGGAUUUAUUUAAUAUGUGCUACUAACACUCACAACAUAUGCAAAAGUAAGUUCCAGAUGUACUACUGACCUAAAUAAAAAAGAUAAAAAUGAGAAGUUUUACAGGAUAUUUAUGUUAACUCAGGCUUAGGAAGAUAGCAACUCCCCAUCUAUAAUAGCAAAUAUAAAUAUAAUGGAAAUAAAAAAAUUAAAAAGUUAUAUGUAGGGAAAAAUAGACCAUGAACAAAAACAAAAGACAAAUGCUAGGUUGAUGUUUAAGUUAGUUCUCGGUUUGGAAAACAAAUUGCUUUAACUGUUUUAAAUAGGAAGAGCUUUUAUACAAGAAAUGAGAUGCUUACUCAACUGUGGGACUGAGGGAACAAGUCAGGAGAAAUCAUUGCUGGCUCUUGAAAAUCCAGUAAAGCAGGAAUUUCAGGGAAAGCUCCCACUAAUCUCCGCACACUCUCUACAGGCCAUUUCUGCCAUCAGUCAGCAUGUCAUGAUGAAAUAAAAAACCCUUCCUCAUUUUGGUGAGAUUGCCUCUCACUGGUGAAAGUUAAACCAGGACCCUUUUAAUACAGGUAUCUGGACAAUUGAGCUUCUAGUCUUUUAGCACCUAUGGAGGAGAGAUUUAGAAAAGCAAGAAUGGUGUUGACAGAGUUCCCACUGUGACACAAUGGGUUAAGGAUCCCACGUUGCCGUAGCUGUGGUGUAGGUUGCAGCUGUGGCUCGGAUUUGAUCCCUGGCCCGGGAACUUCCAUAUGCUGUGGCUGUGGCUGAAAAAGAAAAAAAAAGAAUAGCGCUGAGUAUUUCUGUUCUGCUGACAGAAAUAAGGGUUAUUUUGUUCUUUUUGCAGGAGGAUACAUGUACAUGCCAUGUAGAAAUUUCACAAUCGGAAAUUUCAGUCUAGAAAUAGAUCCUUUGGAAUAAAGCCACCAAUAUGUAAAAAUAUUUGCAAAACUGGCUAACCGUUCAUCCACUUCCUGUUGGGGCACACAGGAAGACCGCAUUUCCUAGCCUCCCUUGCAGUUAGGUUGGGAGCUUGUGAUUGGGUUGUAGCCAGUGAAAUCUGUGCAGAAGUGCCCCAAGCCACAUCCAGUCUUUGUCAUAAAUCUUUCCUUGUCUUCCAAGCUCUCUCCCAUGUUGGCUGCUGGAAAUGAAGGAAUCUGAGGUAGUGAAACCAUAAGAUGAAUCCCUGAAUUAUGAUUGGAGGCCAGCUCCUCGUGCUAGCAGCCUGAUUUUGCACCAGGCAGUGAUGUGAGCUAGAAACAAACUUACUGUGGUAAGCUGGUAAGAUUUUUGGAGUGUUUAAACUUGAGCCACACAAGAUAUUUAUAUGAAGAUUUUUAUUGUACCAUUUCCAGUGGCAAAAAAGCAAAAUAAAGGAAAGUGAAUAGCAGUCAAUAAAGAAAUGGUGAAUAAUGCCAUAUCUGUUAUAUCAUACACCUGCCAUUAUCAAUAUGUAUUGACAACAGGUAUUAUCCAUAUUGCUUUAUAAGACUAAAAAUGCAUUCGUAUAUAUUUGAAUUCCAUAUAUAGUGGAAAAUUAAGAAGUAAUGUCCACUAAGUUAUAAGCAUUGGUGAAGAGGAUCAGUUAAAAUUUUAUGAAGUCCGUUGUGCAUUAUAAAAAAUAUGUAUCAUGGUUUUAAAAAAUACUUGAUUAAAAUAUUUGCUUUUAA